AUGAAGGUCUUUCGAGUUAUUCUGCUAUGGCAGCUGCACUUCCAGCUAAUCCUUCCGUCGUUUUGCCACAAGAGCAGCAGGUCCGAAGGCCUGGCAAGUCGCAAUUCUGCGGAGAAGCCCGAGCUCUUUGGGGGGCUCGAAGUUGAGGGUGUGUCGCUGAUAGCGACAAGAAGGCUGGUCAGUCGCAGCAGGACGCAAGAUGCCGAAGGGCACACGCUAGUGCCCGCGCCGCAAAGCGUCGAGCUCCUGUCAGCACCGCCUGUGCAGCUGCCGCUCGGAUCCGCGGUCCUGGUCACAGGAGGAACGCCAGAGGAUCUGAGCAGCUUGAAGGAGCAUGUCUUGGAAGUUGGCAAGUUCACAGUGGCUUCAGUUUUCAAGCCUGGACUUGUCAUUGAGUUGAAGUCCGAAGAUGUCGAUGGUCUGGAGGGUGUGAAGGGUGAGGCCUACAAACUCGACGUCGCGGACAAGAGAAUUACACUGACCUCAUCAACAAGUCAUGGCUUCUUCAAUGCCAUGAUGACCCUUCGACAGCUCAUAUCUGUGAAGGAUGAAACUGUAUCGAUUCCGCAGCUGCACAUUCAGGACGCUCCCAUGCACGAAUGGAGAGGUCUUAUGCUCGACGUCAGCCGCCACUUCUUUAGUGCAGAUGAGGUGAAACACCUGCUGCGAACUAUGGCUCUUUUCAAACUGAACCGGUUUCACUGGCAUUUGUCUGAUGAUCAAGGGUUCCGGGUGCCAAUUGCAAAAUACCCAAAGCUUACAGAAGUUGGUGCCUGGCGAGACGGAACGCAGCAAGGACAUAGCAGCGGGAACAUCCAGCGACAGCGGUACGGAGGUUUCUACACGAAGGAUCAAAUUCAGGAUGUCGUCAGCUAUGCGGAAUCAUUGCACAUCAUGGUCGUGCCAGAAACGGAUUUGCCUGGACACGCCCAGGCAAUAGUCGCCGCAUACCCAGAGUUUAGCAAUCAAGAUGCAAUCAAUGGAGCUCCCCAGGUCAUGCAAACGUGGGGGGUGUCGGACUAUGUUUUGGCCCCCAACGACAAGACAUUUGCCUUCGUGUCUGAUUUGGUCGGGGAGGUGUCCAACUUGAUCAAGUCAGAGUACUACCAUGUGGGUGGGGAUGAAGUCUCCGGCAGACAGUGGGACAGCUCCCCAAGCGCGCUGUCGUUUGAGCAGGAGAAUCGCCUGGCCUCAUCAAGGCAGAUUGCAGGGACUUUUACUCAGAAGGCAAUAGAAGCCGCAAAUCGUGUUGGCCGAUCGGGCAUUGUUUGGGAUGAAGCGCUCGCUACUGGAGUUGCCUUGCCGCAGCACAGCGUGGUCAUGAUCUGGCGGGAUUGGGACAAUGUCCCUUCCAAGCUUCGUGUGGCAGCUCAGCGAGGGUUGCCAGUGGUCAUGUGCCCACACAGCGCAACAUAUUUGGAUUUCGCACAAGGGCCACGCGAUCCCUACGAGUCCCAGCAGGGCGUCGUGGACCUGCGAAAAGUUUACAGCUUGCCUUUAGAUGGACAUGGAGCCAACGUUCUUGGAGGUCAGGGCCAGCUGUGGAGCGAGUAUAUCAGUCGCGGGCUGGAUGACCUGGACUUCAAGGCCUGGCCCCGCGGAGCUGCGAUUGCAGAAGCGACCUGGUGUGACCAUCGCCGACCGGGUUUCGAUGACUUCAAGAGGCGGAUCAAAGCCAGAGCCUCCAACUUCAAAGAGCUGGGCAUCGAGCUGAUCGCGUGCCAGACUGAAACAGCUUGGAGCAAAAAAAGGGCUCUGAAAAUUGAUCUUCAGCUGCAAGAGCCGGGCCUGUACGCAUUUGCGGCAUCAAGUCGAGAGGCAACUCGCCGUCAGUACGACCGAGACCGGGACUUCGCGACGGCGGGCAGCGAGGCUCCCUUGUUCACGGGUCAUGUAAACGGCUACUCAAAGCGGAAAGAUCGAGCUCCCUUCGAUGCAACAGAGCUGAUGAAGAAGAUUCAAGAGCACUACAAGCCUCCGGGAAGAGAAAUUGACGUGGAGGUUCGGUGCAAGCUGGAGAAGUUCUUCUAUGGCGGCACCAAGCAGGUCGUCAGGACUCGUCGAAUUUACCGGGACUUCCAAGAGUUCCACGAAGACAAGCAGUUUCGUCUUGAUGUACCCAAAGGUGCGGCUGAGCCUUGGGAGUGCAAGAUGAAAGGUGGCGACAUGAAUUUGGAGGCGCAGACGGACACCCUGCGCUUUGUGGUGAAGUCCAAGCCCCACAAGGUCUUGGAGCGCCGCGGAGGGGACUUGCAUGUCCUCCGAGAGGUGCGCCUGAGACCCGAUGCCCACUUGCAACCUUUCCUCCAGACCGCAGUCAGCACGGUUGAGGGGCGUACCGUUCUUCUCUGGGGACAGAACCCGUUGUAUUCCCAGGCUGCAUCAUCCAGUGCUGUUCUCCACGUGUCUGUGGAAGGUGAGGGCAUUGGUGACAAAGGCCAUCUGCUGCUGUCUGCCCGCGUGGCUGCAAAAGCAGGGAGCCAAGAGACACGCCUCAUCGUCGUCAAGACGACAUACACCAAGAUCCAGUUCUACGUUGGAGUUCCCGUGCCAGCCAGCGUGGAGGACCUGCAGGAGUCCAUCCGCGAGGUCUUGCAAUGGCCUGAAGACCAUCCUGUGACGUUGAGGAGGAGCUCCUCGGGCCUUCCAUUUGGGGAGCAAUCGUUGCUGGAGUCGGAGGACUCGGAAGUCGUCCUUGACUGCAGGGCCGAGUGCGUGGCUGAGGUGCCGAUGUCAUUCCGGAGGGCCCGUGAUCUGCUUGCAGCUAUGGCCGCGUUUGCCGGCACAGAUGCUUUCGAAGAGGGGUUGAGCGGGUGCUUGCAAGCCGUGGGUACGGCGCGCCACGAGAGCCUCCUUCGGAAGCUCUGGGAGCCUGCUUGUCGGAGUGCACUUUUGUGUGGCUACGAGCCGACUCUCGAAGGCCUGUGGAAGGCCGCCCAGCGUGCGCUCUGGGUGCUGCGCGAGGAGGUGGAUGGCGAGACGCUGCAGCAGCGCUUCGCCCAGUUCGGCUUCGAGCUGCGGAUGCCUCCGAAGCCGAGGCUGCCCAGGCGACGCAAGCUUCCGAGACCCGACGUGGAGAACUUCCUGGUGCGCAAUGGGCUGGGACCGGCAAGCUGGAGUGACAGCCUCCCAGACCCUGGUUCAGAGACGGAGCCGGAGGAGGAGGCGCCGGACUACGAGGAAAGGAAGGCCCAGCAGUGCCGUGAGAAUGAGGAGCAAGAAAAGGCCUUCCUCACUUUCCUCCGACACGGUGCCGCGCACGCUCCAGAUCGAAGACGAGCAAAGCGCCUGGGUCCCUUCGGGGCUGCUGCUCACCCUCUCAUGCUGCGACGCGCGGCCCACCGCGCGGAGCUGGCAUCGGAGUGUUCCUUGGAGCUUCGCCCUCUCUUCGCGGGAGAGCCAAUGCAGCUGUUCACCAAGCCAACUUGUUUUCUGCAGUUCUACUCCAAUGCAGGUCAAGCUAUGCACGCAAAUCCAGGCCAGCUGCAGCCGACGCCCAUGUUUGCAGUUGCAAUUUGUUGUCCUUCGGGAGCGAAGAAGGCUGGACGGGAGGAGUGGAUGCGACUUCGACAUCAACUGCUCCCGGCGCUGAAGCACCUGCUCUUGAUCUGCCUCUCGAGAGCUCGGAGUUUGCUGCCCCGGCAGCUCUUGCCUUCUCCAGCAUCUUCUGCUGGCUAUGCAGAAACAGGCGGUGUGUCCGUUAACUCCGGCAAAGCACAACCAACAUGCGAUGAUGGGGCCGACGAGUCCAGUGAGGGCGAGGACAACGGCGAAGUGAUACAACUUGCCAAGAGAAGAAUAGAAGAAACCAGAGGACAGACCUGUGAUUUUGACGAUCUCGACAUGCUGGACGAAUUGGAGGAAGCUGCUGCAUCCAUCCGCAAAGAGAGGCGAGAGCACAGAAGACGACUUCGGGCUGCGCGCGAGUCCUGGAUACGAGAUGCGCAGCGUGAGGCCAAUCAAGUUCCUGCGGAAAAGUCUGAUGUCCCACAGGUGAGUCAGGUGAGUCCCGCGCUGUGGAAGCAGCUUGCUACAGAUGCCGUCAAGUCUGGUGACUUCUACCUUGCCCAGUGGUACUACUCGAAGGAGGCAGAAUGCUAUGGCCUGCCGGCACUGCAGGCUGCAGAGUUGACGGACACGGACACAGAACAUGCCGAUGAUGAGGCGACACGAUGUGAAAGCCACGGGAACCUGCACGAGCGAGCCGUGGUUUUGUCCAACCGAUCCCUUUGCCUGGUCCGUAUGAGGCAGCCGGAUGCCGCGCUGCGGGACGCCCGCCAUGCGGUGUCCUUGCGGCCCGACUGGGGCCGCGCGUGGAGCCGCGUUGGGGCCGCAGCCGCAGCGACAUCGGCAUCGGCCGAGGCUUGCGAGGCCUGGCGCAAGGCUGUCCAACUCGAUUGCUGUGAGGAGAACCUGAAAGGCUUGGAGGAUGCCUGCCGGCGUAAUCCGCAGAGCGCACGGAACUGCAAGGAACAGGGCAACCUGGCGUUGCGAGGCAAGGACUGGGGGUUGGCAAUUUGCUGCUAUACUGAGGCUUUAGCUGCCAUCCCACCACAGAGAUUGGUCGAGCAGUCCGAAACGGUGAUACAGGACGAUUACAGCUUGCUCAGAUCCAUACUCUUUUCCAAUCGAUCCGCUGCCUUCGCGCAUGUCGGCCGUUGGCAGGCAGCAGUCCGCGAUGCGAAGUGUGCAGUGGCAGAAGGCCAGUCUUACCCGAAGGCUUACUGUCGUCUCGGCGUCGCUUUGCUUGGCUGCUGCGAGAACGAGCGUGCGUACGUGGCCUUUGCCAUGGCGCUGAGAGCCGAAGAUCGCAACAUGGCUGCGAGCAAAGGGCGCCAGGCCUGCUUGCAGUUGGUGCCGCGGUGGUCGUCUUCAGCUGCGGCUUGGCGUCGAAGAAGGUUUCUGCGUGAUGCAGGAAGACCUCGAAGCAGAACCCGCGUCUAUCUCCUCUCGGAGUUGCGCUUUGGGCAGGGCGCCAAUGAGGCGUGGGUGCACGGCAUCCAUGCAACCAAGUUCUUGGAUGAUGUCCUGAUCCUGACCGGAAAUGUUGCGGACUCUUUCCGUGCGCUCGAACGAGGUCUGACAGCGUUGCGCUCAAAGUUCCGUCGGAUCUUCUUCGUGCCCGGCAAUAACGAAAUGUGGAUCACGCCAAUUGAGAUGGAGAGGUUCCCUGAUUCUGUCUGCAAGUUUUGGGCCAUCCUUGAGCUGUGCGAUCGGCUUGGCGUUGACGUUGCGCCCGCUGCUGUUUGCGAAGGUGUGUACGUAGUUCCUCUGUUCUCCUGGUACAACGCCGAGUUCGACCUUGCUGACCCGUUUCCAGACCCGCAGCUCCAGCAUGACAAGUACGCAAAGUGGCCGAUGGAUCCCAACCAUCAGGUCUGGCGGUACAUGCUGGCAUUGAACAGGGACUAUCUGCAGAAGCCGUACCACGACACAGUCAUCACGUGCUCGCACUUCGUUCCGAGGAGUGAGCUACCGGUGGUGCAUGAGUUCAGCAUGGCGAAGGCAUCAGGUUGUGCUGAGCUUGACGAUCAGCUACGACAAGCAAGGAGCAGCUGCCAUGUCUACGGCCACAGCUCCAAGCAGUGUGGCAAGGAGAUCGACGGCGUGAUCUACCUCAAUGCCCCGCACAAGGGCGGUGGGUUGGAAGAGCCGAUACCGCUUGAUGCUCAGUCGUUGACCCUUACACCUUUUUUGGCCUAG